AAUAAUAAUAAUUUUCUUUACGGUUGCCAAAACCUAUUAGUUUUAGUUAUUGUGCGAUAUUCCUGUGUUCUGUCGACAAACAAUAGAAUACGGUGACGUGAUUUCGUUUUUGUAACCCAAUCGUUUUUCAAUUUGUAUUCGGAAAUAAUUAGGAAUGUCCGACGGGGACGUGAUCAAAGACAGCGUGGAUAAGUUGGCGAUUCACGAUGACGACGAAAUCGAUUCCAACUACAAACCGCCGCCGGAAAAAACUAUUGAAGAGCUCUUAAAUGCUGACAAAGAAGACGCGAGCUUGCAAAAAUACAAGGAAAAAUUGCUUGGCGAUGCUAACAGUGGGAAAAUAAUUUUUGAUGAAGAUAAUCCAAAUAAAGUGAUUGUCAAGAAAUUAGCAUUAUGUGUUACUGAUAGACCAGACAUGGAACUUGAUUUGUCAGGCGAUUUAACAAAUUUAAAAAAACAGGUGUUCAUUAUAAAAGAAGGAAUAUCAUAUAAGAUUAGAAUAGACUUUAUAGUACAACGAGAAAUUGUUCAUGGUCUCAAAUAUGUUCAAAAGACUUAUCGUCUUGGUGUACCAGGUAAUAUUUUUAAAUACACUUAAUAUAAUAAUACUUUAAAUACCAUGGAUCACCAUUAAAUAUUUUUGGAGAGACACUUUAGAAAUCUAGAAAGGUUUCGGAUUGUAUGUUUAUGUUUUUCCCAAGAAAGUUAAGGCAAAAUUAAUAAAAACCUCAUUUAAUGCACCAUUAGAAAAAAAAAUUUCCUUUGCGGGACAAAUAAGUCAUGCACAGGCCGCAUGUUAACUACAUGCCACCAUUUGGUUACCUCUGUUAUAUUCCAAAAAAAAUUUAUAAUUUGAAUUCAUAGUUAAUAAAUGUAUGUUAAAAUGUUUUUUUUAAAUAUUUAUAUAAUGACUCUUUGUUAAUUAAAAAUAUAUAAUUUUUUUACAUUUUUAAAUUAAAUACCUAUUGUGCAUUUUAAAAUGUAGCCAAAUAAUUAAGAAUUUAAAGGAUGAUAAAAUAUCUGAUUAAAUAAAUGUUAAAAAAAAGGUGGGUAAGUGGAUGUCGCUCUGCUGUACAGUAGGUUACAAGUGGGUCACUGUUAUGGCUUUUCCUUAAUUUUUCUUUUGUUUUUCACUGCGCUUUUGAAAACUACUGUGAAAUUGUUACUUUUGACCCCCCAAAGUACCAACUAGAUUCACUUUUUUAUCAGAAAAGAUACUGUGAACGAAAUCCAAGCUUUUUUACUGUCGUAAAAGAUGAUGAGACAC